AUGGCUCCAAAGCCUUCCUCUUCCUCAAGGGCGUGGGAUGGUCUCACGCCGUCGCUAUCGCAAUGGACCCUCGAUGCCGUGGCUUCGAUGGGUUUCACACGCAUGACACCGGUUCAGGCCUCCGCCAUCCCGCUGUUCAUGGCGCACAAGGAUGUGGUUGUUGAAGCAGUCACUGGCAGCGGAAAGACACUGUCUUUCCUCAUUCCUGUUGUUGAAAAGCUUUUGCGCCUUGAAGAACCCCUUAAGAAACAUCAUGUCGGGGCUAUUAUUAUUUCUCCAACAAGAGAAUUGGCCUCGCAGAUUUACCAAGUGCUCCUGUCCUUACUCGAGUUUCACCCUCCAUCUGCUGCAGCCAUCCACCCCCCAGAAGACGAUGCGCCUCGUCCAAAAUCAUCCUCCUCCAUUUUGAAGGUCGUUCCACAGCUCCUGCUGGGCGGCUCGACAUCUCCUGCCGAAGAUUUGAGCGGGUUCCUGAAGCGAUCUCCCAAUGUGCUAAUUUCUACGCCUGGGAGGCUUCUAGAACUCCUUUCAUCGCCCCACGUCCAUUGUCCGCAAUCAUCAUUUGAAAUGCUUGUGUUGGAUGAAGCGGAUAGGCUCUUGGAUCUUGGGUUCAAGGAGGACCUUCAGAGAAUUCUGCGACAUCUUCCUAAGCAACGGAGAACCGGUCUUUUCAGUGCCAGUAUCAGCGAAGCUGUUGAUCAAAUCGUCCGUGUGGGACUUCGGAAUCCCGUCAAGGUAGCUGUGAAGGUGAAGGGCGGUUCGGGAGCCGAAGACAAGCGCACUCCUGCAAGUCUUCAAAUGACCUACUUGACAACUCCCCCGGCGCAGAAAUUCUCUAUUCUAAAAAAGAUUCUCUCGUCCGUCCAACCAACACCCCAAAAAACCAUCUUUUUCGUAUCAACAUGCUACAGCGUUGAUUAUCUUUCGAUGAUGCUGCCUUUGGUACUGGGAGAUGAAUUCCUUCUGGUCCCUCUUCACGGAAAGCAUCCCGCCAAUGUCCGCCAAAAGAAUUUCACCCGCUUCACUACUUCCACUACUCCUUCUAUCCUUUUAACAACCGACGUUGCCUCUCGUGGACUAGACAUUCCCUCUGUCGACCUCGUUGUACAGAUUGACCCACCAUCAGACCCCAAGACUUUCAUCCACCGGUGUGGACGAGCUGGCCGUGCCGGCCGCCGGGGUCUCAGUAUCGUUUUUCUUCAUCCUGGACGUGAACAAGACUACGUCUCGUUCCUGGAAGUGCGCAAGACUCCGGUCGCACCUUAUAAUCUUUCCAAUCCUUCAACUGAUGCAGAUGCCGCAUUUGCAACUCAGGCAGUGCGCAACGCAGUCCUCAAAGACCGGGCUUUCCAUGACAAGGGCCAAAAAGCCUUUGUCAGCUGGCUUCGCAGUUAUAGCAAGCAUCAAGCAAGCAGCAUAUUUCGCGUGGCAGACUUGGACUGGGAGGCUCUAGGGAAAGCAUGGGGGCUCCUUAAGUUGCCGAAGAUGCCUGAGCUACGGACCUUCACUGGUGAUAAAACCCUGGGAGUCAGUCUGGAUUGGGAGAACUAUGCAUACAAAGAUAAGCAACGAGAGAAACGGCGCAAGGAGGUGUUAGAAGAAAAUUCCCAGGGAGCCAACCUAGAACAAGAUUCAAAGAAACGACGAGCAGUCGAAACCGUAUCCUGGAGUCAUAACCAGGAAACCCGGGAGAAGAAACUCCGUCGCAAGGAACAUAAAAAGGCCCGGAAGGAACAAGAGAGGUGGGAACAGCUUCCUGACGAGGCGAAACAAAAAGCCCUUGAGACGAAACGCAUGGUUGAGGAAUUACGUGCCAAGAAUGAGCUGCAACGUGCAUCGGAUCAUGCAGCGAAAACAGGUGCCUCGGGUAAUGGAGAAGAUGAUGAGUUCAAGGGCUUUGACUAG